CUUGGCCUCAUGGGGAGCCGUAUUUCAUUUUCCGAUGGCAAUAACUUCGUUAAGAGGGAGGAUUCACUCUGUGGUAAUAAUAUUUGCAGAGGAGUUAAUCAGAAGGAAGAACACGCGAGAUGACGGAGUCGUUUGUAGAAACAGCCAAGUUUCUUUCUUCGUCGUCCUUCGAUCCGCCUCCAUAUCUAAGGCCGCCAGGUGGACCAUAUGAGACGACUUACACCGCAUCAUUCCAAACUGGCCGGCCGUACACAUCACCUCAUUAUUCCCUCCGGCCUCUGUCGAGAUCUUUUGAAUUUCCGUCCAAGAUUCUGAACGGCUCUUCCACUGGAUUAGAACAUUUGCCGUACACAGCCGUCACGCAGCGAGCAAUACACAAGUAUACCCCACAGCAAUGGCGAACUUCGAACAUUCUUAAUGUUUCAUCUGGCGAGAAGGAACGAGCGACAGCGGAGAGGCUUCGUGAUGAUUGUGCGCGGCUUCGAACAGAGACAGCCCUUCUUACGCAUCGAACGCAAACAGAUGUCAACAAGAAGCUGGAGCAUCGUAUCCAUGAUAUAUCUUACUGGAAGAAUGAACUCGAGAAACAACAUGCAGAAACGGUUGCCGAAAUCAAGGCCCUUCAGGCGUUUAUCGGCCGCUUGGAGAAGGCUUUGGCUGCCACAGAGAAGCCCCUGAAUGUCGCAAAACAAUGUCUGGAUUACAGAGAGAGGAGAGUCAAAAUCGAUCUUGUUCAUGAUAACGUGGAAACCCAUAUCAGCAAGGAAGUGGAAAUGAUCGAGAACGUGCGGGCCUUGCUCAAGAAAACGAUGGAUCAAGCUCACGAACAGCUGUGGUUGCUACGUUCUGCUAAGACACUGCUGGAAAAAGAUCUUGGAGACAAAUACGGGUCCCUCGGAAUUGAUGGAAAAUGCUCCACGCUGACCAACUUCUCCAAGGACAUCCAUUUUGCGCCUCACUCGGUCACGAUUCAACAGCACUCUUUCACCCCAGAUGAAUGGGAGGCCUAUUCUUCAGAGAACAUUGCCAAAGCAGAACGAGAGCGCAAGGCAUCGGUGGCUCUGAGAUCAGAGAUUAAUGGAAUAUUAAUGCAGACUUAUGUCGACCUCAGGAACAUAUUUGAGACUGUCAACAAUGAAUUCAGCAAGCGUAUUGAAGAGACUGUGACUGCUAAGAGGUCGCUCGAGAAAGAAUUGGCCAGGGUUAUGGAUGAAAUAGCUUCUAUGGAGAACAACGUCCGGGAUCUCAGACAAGCCAUUGCUGAUAAAGAAAACCCACUCAAAGUUGCCCACACCCGCUUAGACAAGCGUUCUUUGAGACCCAAUGUUGAGCUGUGUAGAGAUCCCGUGCAAUACCGAUUGGUCGGAGAAGUCGGUGAGAUCAGUGUUUCAAUUGACCGUCUGCGCAUGCGUUUGGCUGAAGCGGAGGCUUCCCUCAUGGCAUUGCUGAGGAACAAGGAGCGAUUAGAAGAUGAUAUUGAAGUCAAGACCAACAGCCUUUUCAUUGACCGCGAUCAGUGCAUGGUCAUCAGGCAACAAGUCCGCCAUAUUUCUCACUAAAGAAACAGAACUGUUACCAAGGCAACAUAAUAAUUUGAAAUUGACAACAGAACACUGAUAAGAGAUAUUUGGAGAUUUUUUUUUCGAAAAAGCAUUUUAUUUAAAAGUAAAAUUGAAUAACUUUCGAUUCUGGACAUGAAAUUGAGGAUUUGAGGUUUAAAUCUAAAUUUUCCUUUGCCUCUCUUACUGUUCUAAAGGCUGGUUUAAGAAAAAAUCAGAAUCGGGAGUAAUGCAUUUCUUAGACAUCUUUUAUCUUGUCACAAUACAUACCGGAAUAUUCCCUUUUUAGCGAGGAUUAUAGCAAAUAAGAAAAUCAUUGGUUUUAUUUUACUCUGAUUUGUAUGAAAACAGGAAAGGAUAGAAUACUGGACUCAGGUAUUUAAGUGAAACCUCUGUUGCGUUUUUCGAACAUUGGUGUGUGAUUCUAAAAAAAUAUUUGCACCUCUAAAAACAAGUCAAUUAAUAUAUUAAUACAUUUUUGCACUGGUUGUUGAAUAAGAUGUGAAAAUUUAAGUGAGAGCAAGCAAGAGUACAGAUAAAGGAAACUUGUUUGUUAAUAUCUGGAUAAGAUUCAUUAAAUUUCUCUAGUGUAGUUGAAAGAUGAAAGAGUGACGUGCAUUGGAAGAAACUUGACUCUGGGAGGGAGGGACAGGAUGUGUGUCUAAAAAUUUAUUUUAAAAAGAGUUUCAAGAGUAUUAUCCUAGUGUUCUGCAAAGAACAAGAAUCAAGGUACAGUGCUAAUACUCAGCUUGUAAAUACCUUACACUUCUACAAUAAAUCACUUUUAUCACUAUU